AUGUCCGGAAGUAAUUCAGACAGCGACAGUCUUUCCCUUUCCAUGGAUUGCCAGUCCACAAGCAGUGACUGUUUCUCGGAUACCAAUGAAGAAACAAUUGCAAGGCCUUAUUUGUUCGAGCCGGACGCUAGUGAUAGUGAAAACGGUGACCAGUCUUGCUCAUCACGGUUACAGGAAGAAGAUCGACUAGUGUCUACAUACUGGUGUAGUUGUGACACAUGUGAGACUCAACCUACCAUUGAGGAAUGCUGUUGCUGUCAUGAACAGGCUGCAGUGAGAGAGAAGAUGGAGGAGCAUGAAGAUCAGAUCAGUUGCAUCACUGACCACCCUGGCUUCGAGCAAGUUUGUCUCAGUGUGUAUGCACUGCAGACAGCCUACUACCACUACCGCCAGGAGUAUGGAAGAGGGGAGAUCCAAGACAUUCAUAAGAAAUACAGAUAUACAGCAUAUCGGCAGUUCGUGCGAUGGUGUUGGCAGUUCUUAGGGCGGAAAGUUCGUGUUGUCAUACCCUCCUGUAUCGUCAACAAGAUAAGAGGACGAUUUCCUUCCCCUGAAUAUGCAGGGUUCAAGUAUCCUCAACUGGACAAGUAA